AUGACUGAAAAUAGUUGGUUUCGUGAUUACUGUGAAAGAACGACUUCACAUUGUAUGCAGUAUUUUGUGAUGAAGGACAGAUCACCCGUAGAAAAAUUAUUUUGGAUUCUGACGUUUCUUUGUAUGAUAUCAAUUACGUUUGGCAUCCUAAGAUUUUUGAUUGACAUUGGGAUUGAUAGGCCAACCAUCAUGUUCAUUGAAAACACAGAAUCAGCCAUUCAAGAUAUACCUUUUCCGUCAAUUAAUAUUUGUCCAUCAAACCAACUGCGAAAAUGGGUUUGGGAGAAACACAUGGACACGAACAGCUCUUAUUGGGAAAAUCUUCAAUAUUAUCGGUCUGAAAUAUGUCCCUUGGAAGUUUACAAUAAUUAUAAUGGAAAAAAUUCAAGAGAUUAUAUUGAUACAGGUUCAAUUAUGAAUUUGAUUAACGACUGUGCAAUAAGCUGUCCAGAAGUAUUUCAAUCAGAAGCUAAAUGGGAAAAUUUGACGGUUCCAAAUUUCUGCCAGUUUAUUCAACCUAAAAUGACUCGACUCGGAUUAUAUGACGGAUACCCACAAAAUUCAGAGAACGAUUUACUUGUCAACAUAAAUCCUGCUAGAACAAGUGGUGUUAGUCGCUACCAUCGUUUGAGAUUGAUGAUCAAUACAUUGGACCAGGAAUUUUUGAAUUGUUCAUCUGGAAGUUUUUUUUUUAUUACAUUAUCUAACCCAGCUGAAUAUUUGAUGGUCGAUCCUCGAUCAUUUAUCAAACCGGACACUUAUACUAGAAUACAAAUCACUCCAUUCGUGAAAAAAAUUGAUUCGCAAUUGAAGUGGCAUUCUCCAGAAGCCAGGAAAUGCUAUUUGCACAACGAGAGAAAAUUAUCCAUUUUUAAACAGUAUACGCAAGUGAAUUGUAAUUACGAAUGUGUGUUAAACGAAACUUUAACCAUUUGUGGCUGCGUUUCCUUCGAAAUGGCCUAUUUAGUGGAAACCAGUGUAAAAAUUUGUGGUCUGGCGAAAAAAGGCUGUAUGGUAAAAGCUCAACAAGCAUCCUAUCUGCCGGAAAUGCAAUUAAUAUGCAAAUGUUUGCCAACAUGUUCUGUGAUCGAAUAUGAAAUUACAUAUGCGUCUCAUUACGAUGAUUGGACUUACAUGAAAUCAACAAAUAUUGUAAAGAAUAAUGCUAGAGGCGCCACGAUUGAGUUCGUUUUCCACAAACCCUAUUUCACAGCAUAUAUAUCCACAUCAGUUGUAGACUUGUACUCUCUAAUAAGUAAUAUUGGUGGGUUAAUAAGUUUAUGUUUGGGAUUAAAUUUAAUCAACUUGUUUGAAAUAUUAUACAUCAUGAUUAAAAUGGUCGGUAAUUACAUUGUACACAUGUUUGAUAAAAUAUGAAUAAUCAGUGAGCAACCAGCGAUAGGUAACAUAAGUAUAAUAGUUUCACUCAUAAAAACAUUUAUUAAAAACCACUUUGUAUCCAUGUCAAUAUGAAUACGUAUUACAAUUAUAUUUAUAAAUUAAUUCCACAACUUGGUAAAAUAUUUAUUUUAAAUUUUUGUAAGCAAUUAACCUAUGGGUAAUUAUUGUUGGUUGUUCAGCUUACGAGAUUAUAAUAUGACUUAUAUGUAUAUGUAUAUUGUAUAUUAUUAAUUUUUU